AUGCUCUUGAUGCAUGUCAGUAAGCUUGUUGUGGUAGGGAGAGGCACAGCACAGCACACAUCAUCACACCGGACUUAUACUACUGACUCCUAUUGCCUGGGUGACAUGACUUUGGGGUUACACGACAUGGGAGACCUACCCCAUCGUCGUCGUCGUCGUUGUCAUCGUAUCGUUUGA